AUGUACAACGAGGACGAGCCUAUUGAAAAAAGAUUCGAGGACUUGUGCCAGAUAUUAUGCAUUGAAGGUGCUGUUCGUGAAGAGGCUUGGGAUAAAUACAAAGAUGUUUGGACAAACUACUCAAUUGAUGGUGAUCAGUUGCAAUGGCUCGUAUGCUCCCUAUAUGAGUGUUGCCGGCGCCCAACUACGGACAGUAUCUCUGGUCAAGUGAUGGAAAACGCUUAUGUCUCCCUUACGCGACUUCUCGCAACAGCCAAAAUGAGCAUGGUCCAAUUCUUCCAUCGUAUCCGCAAGUGGUCGGACAUGACGGAGAUGUCUGAUGAGAUGCAUGACCGAAUUGAGCGUCUCGAGCGACAGUUUGCCAUUUCUUCGGUGACUUUCCGUCAUUUCACUCGCGCUUUUCCCGUCUACUUUCGCUCCCUUAUUUCGGAGGAUGUUCCACAGGAACACAAACUGGAUAACGUCUGUCCUGAAGUCAGCGAGGUCUUCCGUUUCAUCUGGUUAAUGUUCAUUAAGACCCGCGCCAACUUCCCUGCCGUCGCCGACGACCUAGUAAACUCCUUCUACCUCCUGGCAUGCUGCAUCGAUUGGAUGGUGGGCAACAUUUUGGUUGCCGGCCAGGCGUGCUGCCACGCACUGCUCAACUCGGAGUACCGUGGAGGCAAGUGCUUCCCCACUAAUGUCGAUACUCCUCCUUGCUUGCUGCGCUUCAUUUGUGAGGACAAUGGCAUCAACUUUGUGGAGUGUAAGGCUAUUAAAGAACACUUCUUCCAUCCUUACAUCUCUCGAUUGGUUGAGAAGUCAAAUUUGAACGAAAAUGAUAAAUUGCACUUUCAGGACAUGUUGAAGCUCCAUCCUUCGGGUCCCAUUGGAUUCUUUCAACCUGAAGACUUCGCUCACGCCCUUCAACGAAUCAACGACCACUACGAGGAGUACGUCUUAGGCACUGGCGACUUCGAUGAACGCAUAUUUUUGAGUCCAAACGCCUCCCAAGAGAUCGGCUCGGCGCGUCCCCCUGGCUCGGGCGACUCAAAAACUGGCGACCAAUUAUCACCUGGUGAUGGAGGUCUCAACAGUGGCCUCUACAUGGGCUCAAUUCGUCCGGAUAGCGCUCUGUAUGGCCCCGUUUUGGGCAACCUCAGCGGUUUUGUUAGUUUGAACAGUCCUGAGACGCGCAGCCAAAAUCUGCACCACAUCCAGGCCUUGUUAUCUGGUCGAAGUCGCAACCCCAGUGGAGCGCUGUUUGAGCUCAUCCGUUCCACGGCGACAAAUGAGACGCCGCUCACAGACAUUCGCACACGUCUCCAGUCGGUCUCGGAGCAGUUCCUGUCGGCCUACACAGCGGGCGAGCCGCGUGCCAUCGAAUCGGCCUCCCACCGCAGCCAACUGGCUGAGCAAUUCUACUACUAUGCCUUGGAGCAAAUUCUGACAGACGAAAAAACCGCAAAGGCUACCAGGCCGCCACAGCAGCCCAGUGCCGCUAUUGCCGGUAUUUUGCGCUCGGACGCAUUCCACCGCGCUCUCUAUGCUUGCUGCCUAGAGCUAGUCAUCGUUAAUUGUGAAGGAGAUGAAGAUCGACGCUUCCCAUGGCUCUUGGAGGCUCUCACACUCGACUCCAUCGCGUUUUACAAGGCACGCCAUGCCGUCUUCGAAGUAUUCAUAAAGAAUAUAGAGUUGCCUCGGGAAAUUGUUAAAUACCUGAACCGAAUAGUCGAACGGAUUCUGGAUCAGUUUGCUUGGCGGACCGGCUCCUCCUUGUGGAACACCAAUCAGCAGACCGGUACUCGAACAGCCAUUCCCACAGUGGAGGAGAUUUUUCCACCAGAGAAACUCGACGAGAAUAUGGUAAGUCGCUACGGCCGACGGGAACUCCUGGUAACCACAGCACCGGGCAUACAACAACAAACAAGCGGCGGCGCUUCCCCUGCGAAGAAAAUCCGUCUGGGGAGCCACCAUCAACAGCCGCACCAGGAUGAGUCUGCUCGCGCUGCCGCCAGUCUAUUAGCUGCCACCGAGGGAGAAACUGGUGCUGGUGGUGGUGUCGGCGGUGGUGUAGAAGAAGGCGCAGACGGAGGAGACUCACGCGCCAUCUGGUCUGCGCCCCCACCUCCACUCCGGCGCGAUUCCAUGGCCAUAUUCUUCCGUCACGUCUACCAACUGGCUGCCGGUCGUCUGCGUGCUGUUUGCGAUCGCAUUCAAUCUGCGCCUCCGUUGCUAAUGUCCCGCGCUUGGACUGCCUUCGAACACGCUGUCGUGAAUGAAAGUGACCUGUUUAAGGAUCGACUCCUCGAUCAGAUCCUCCUCUGUUGUCUCUACGGUGUCUCGAAAGCUGGCGCAGUUGGACCGAAUAGCAGGGUCGUGACUCUGGUGGAAAUCGUUCAGGCAUACAGGAUGCAGCCACAAGCCACGCGUGACACCUACCGUCGUGUGCUGAUAUGCCGAGUGGCCACCAGGGGUGGAUCUGUGGAGUCGGUGGAAGAGCGGGGAGACCUUGCACGAUUCUACAACCUCGUGUUCCUCUCCCGAAUGGACCGGUUCUUGCAACAAUUCGCAUCGCCAUCUUCUGCAGUCGGAGCACCAAAACAGCAGCCUCUUCUCACACCGAUGCCUGCUCAGCCCUAUUCACAAAACGUCCACUCAAAUCUUCAGACAGCCCAGACACCCACGGCUGGCGUCUCGGAAGGCUUUCUUCCAGCACGGCGCCUAACCAACAACCACAACGUCUUUAUCAGUCCGGUAAAACGGCACCCCCAGCCAGUCCAUCAUCCACCAACAGGGACGCAUACUCUGUCACCUAAGCGCGUCACAUUUACCGUUGGCAAGGGAACCAGCAAGGAGCUCCUCGAACUGAAUACGGUCAUCGGAGCGGCCGAACGACGUGCUUCCGUCACCAGCGGCCUAAAACGCGCCUCAGGCGUUACUGUUGCUACCGGUGGAGGGUCGACUUUCACCACCAUGUCAACAACGAGUGGCGAAGCCAAGGGAGUUACGUUUGUGAGCAACACUGGGUUCGAGUCUAAACGCAUCGAUUUUAAUGUUUAG